GCGGUGCGUUCGGCUCACUCUCCGCGCCACCCGGAAAGGUGGCUCCCAGCCAUGGCUGCGGCGAACCCCUGGGACCCGGCGUCCGAGCCAAACGCUGCGGGGCUACUGCUGGGCCAUUUCGUAGCUUCGGGGUUGGUUACUCAGGAGAUGUUAAAUAUAUCUAAGAAAUCAACUUCUUGCUUUGUGAACUUCUCCAGACUACAGCAGAUCACAGAUAUUCAAGCUGAAAUCUACCAGAAAAACCUGGAAAUUGAACUCCUAAGACUAGAAAAAGAUGCAGCAGAUGUUGUCCAUCCUUCCUUUUUGGCUCAGAAGUGUCAUACUCUGCAAAGCAUGAAUAAUCAUUUGGAAGCAGUGCUAAAAGAAAAGCGGUCCCUCAGGCAAAGACUGUUGAAACCCAUGUGCCAAGAAAACUUGCCUAUUGAAGCUGUUUAUCACAGAUACAUGGUGCAUUUGCUGGAGUUGGCAGUAACUUUCAUUGAGAGAUUAGAAGAUCAUCUUGAAAUAAUUAGAAAUAUCCCUCAUUUAGAUGAAAAUCUAAAGAAAAUGAGCACAGCUUUAGCAGAGAUGGAUAUUUUGGUGGCUGAGACAGCAGAACUGGCAGAGAAUAUACUCAAGUGGCGAGAACAACAGAAGGAAAUUUCCUCUUGUAUCCCCAGAAUAUUAGCUGAAGAAAAUUUUCUUCAUAAGUAUGAUGUUACAGUGCCUCCUUAACCUUUUACUUCUGAAGUUAAUGUUCAAACUAUUAAUGCAAAGUAAUUAUCAGCUUUUUAUUUUUGUUUAAUUAUAUGUAGUCAUGUGAAGUCCAUUUCUAGUCAAUUAUAACAUGGGUAUUUAUAGACUUUGCCACUAGCAAUACUGAAAGAGCCCUCUUUAUAUUGAAAUACCAAGAUUCCAAGUUCAUUAAGACAAAACUGAAUUUUCCUUUGUUUUUCAUGUAUUUUCAUUCCACUUUUCAAUAAAACUCAAAUAUAACUAUGAUAAUUAACGUGAGUACAUUAACUAUAUCUUAGGCAGCAGACUUUAUUAUGUUGUUUUUUUAAAAAAUGCUUGUUUCUGUGUUAGAAGAGUCUUGAAUCUGAAAGUAUGUUGCUUAUCCCUGUGAGAUUGUCACUAAGUAUGCAAAAAAGAGCAAAAUAGCAGACCUGACCGCUAUCCUUUGAAAGGCCUGCUUGUAAGGUUGGUCCUUGGCUGGCAUCUGGGAACUUAGAUUUCUAGGGUUCCCCCCACUCUCACUGAUAAGAGUUGCUCGCUGUGACUAAGGCGUUUGUAGAGUGUGGUUUAUGCUGAACACCAGCUUUCUUCCUGGGGGUCUAGAAUUUUGGUAUGUGCUAGGCAGAAGGUACCUAUGUGACUAGCCCGCAAUAAUAACCCUGGCACUGCAUCUUUAAUGAGCUUUUGUGGUAGACAACAUUUCACACAUGUCACAACUCAGUUGCUGGGGGAAUUAAGCACAUCCUGUGGGACUCCACUGGCAGGGACUCUGGAAGAUUGUGCCUGGUUUCCCCCGGACUUUGCCCCAUACACCUUUCCCUUUGCUCUUUUGCUUUGUAUGCUUUUGCUGUAGUAAAUCAUAGCCAUGAGUACAGUUAUAUGCUGAGUCCUAUGACUCCUCCAAGCAUAUCAUCAAACCCAGGAGGUGGGGAGGGGGGUCUUGGGGACCCGACACACUAAGCAAUUCCAGAGGGUGUUCACUGGCAGCCUUAGAAAUAGGCAAAGAAGAAAAGUAGAGCAAAGCAAAGAAAAAGGGACAUUAUUGUAAAACUUAUAGAAGUUUUACCUUACAAAUUGCCCAGAUAUUUUACCUGAGAUUAUUAUGCAUAUAAAAGGGAGUGGUAUACUAACACUAAGUCUCAGGAUGCUUUCAUUUAUAUCAGUAGUACAGCUACCCUUGGCUUAUUUUCAGACUUGGGGUUCUCUUUUGCUUUUUUUUUUUAAUUUUUUUAAUUUUAUUUUAUUUAUUUAUUUUUUUAUUUUUGGCUGCGUCAGGUCUUAGUUGUGGCAUGCGGGAUCUUCGUUGCGGCGCCCAGGCUCUUUGUUGCGAUCCGCGGGCUUCUCUCUAGUUGUGGUGUGCGGGUUUUCUCUCUAGUUGUGGCGGGCUCCAGAGCACAUGGGCUCUGGAGUUUGCGGCACACGGGCUCUCUAGUUGAGGCACGAGGGCUCAGUAGUUGUGGCGUGCAUGGCCCUACGCCAUGUGGGAUCCUAGUUCCCCAGCCAAGGAUCAAACCUGCGUCCCCUGCACUGGAAGGUGGAUUCUUCACCACUGGACCACCAGGGAAGUCCCCUCUUCUACUUUAAGUGGAUGCUUCAAUAUUUUUAUACUGUCCUAUUCUCUGUAUCACUGGAGUUCACUCACCCUUGUAUUCAUCACACUCUUAAAGGCAAGAAGACCUCAACAUAGUGUGAGUUAAGUAGUUGUUCAUAAGGAAACAGGAUCAUUACCCAACACUACCCUGCUAAAAAAACAUGUCUUGAAGCCUAUUUUGCUGACCUUUGCAAAUGGGAUAUAGAAGAGUGGUCAUAAUUUCUUGAACAUUGCCUAGACUCUUUAAGCAAAACUUUUAGUUGUAUUUCAUUAGAAAUCUGUU